AUGAAUUUCGGCGUAGACAAAGAUAGUUCAUUAAUUGAUACAUCAGUGUUACCAAAUGAUAUAUUUACAUGUGUGGAUGAUGAUUUUUUUUCUAUUGUUAAAGCAUCAGCCGGUGAUUCAGUAUUCAAUAUUUUACGGAUACACCUAAUUAAUUCGGUAAGAAAACUGUUAUCUACACCUGAUGUAUUCGCAUUUUUUCAAAUUGAAUCUGAAGAAACAGAUAAAAUAAAAGCUGAAUCUUGUUUUAAAUCUAAAACUGGACAAUAUUUUGUUAAACCCGGUAUUCAAACCAGUUUAUCAUAUUUAAUCAAAUUAUUAAACCAGAAGCUAAAAGAAGAAUUAACACUAAAUGAAAAUAAAGAAACUCGAGAUACAUUUAUAUCUAACGAGUUUAUUGACAAGCAUCCGCUUUUAAAAUCUUUACUUAGAUGCUAUCAACAAAAUGACUCGGAAAACAACAACAAAGCAAAUAGAUACACUGAAUCAAUUAAAAAAUUUGCCAUAUGCUUAUACAUUUUCGGUGGUAAACAAUGCUAUGAGUUCGUUCGUUUAAAUAUGCCUGGUAGUAUACCGCAUUUGUCAACACUUGGUGAUUUAAUUAAUAAAUCGAAUAUGACUUUAACUGAGGCAGAAUUUAAAUUUGACUCACUUCAAAAGUUUCAAUCAGGUUUUGGAUUUUGUUCUGAAGGUACUACUGGUGUCAUUCCUAAAGUUGAAUACGAUUCGUCGACAAACUCAUUCAUUGGAUUUACAACACCAAUUGUUGAUGGUAUUCCAUUGACGAAACAUUAUCAAGCUGAUACAUUUGAUGAUUUUAA